AUGGUCAACAAAGUACACUCUUAAAUAAAAAAAAGAGAGAUUCAACUUAAUAAAGAAGAAGAAGAAUAAGCUUUAACACAAUAAGAGAAUAAUGAAUAAAAGAGUGAGCACUCUUUUGAGAUGGAAGAGAACAACUUAUCUGAUAGAAUUAAAAAUUACAUAGGUCCAUAUAUCUAAGCUCCUUAGUUUGUGAGAGAUAAUAUGUAUAUCCUUUCUGGAUAUCGUAUCAACUUUAACUCUUUCAAGAGUAUUACUAAAAGUCUCUUUAUGGUUCACAAUGAGCUUGUGAAUAUUUGGAGUCACUUCUUAGGUGCCAUUUUAGUUAUUGUUUUUAUUAUUUAUCUCACAACUUCGUUCGGAAACAUCGAUUUUGUUAGUGUCAAAUAAAAACUUGCAGAAAAUGUAACAAAUAAAUUGGAACCUCUCAUCAAGGACUUGAAGGAAUUCGAUGAAAGUUUAAACAAAAAAGUCUUAGAAAAUUUAGAAAGCUUUAAGAAAGAUUACAAUGAUAUAGGAAACAAUGUAGUUCAGAAUUUCAACUCGCUUUUAAAUGAAUUAACAUAGCUUAAGAAUGAGGUCAAUCAAGAAAAUGUUGAUAAAAUUGUAAACAAGAUUAAGGAAUUCUCCAUAUAAGACUAUUACUAAUAUGCAGAUCUUGACAAGUUGAAAGAAAUUAAAUAAAAUGUUUUAAGUGGUAUUAAUGACUUAAAAGAUGACCUCAUCAAGUAAAUUGAUUCAAAAGAAUUCGACUGGAUAGAUUUCCAUAUGAGUGAUUUCAUGCACGGCAAUGAAAAAGUUGAUUCUAACUAAAACCAUGUUUCAAGAUGGCCUAUUUUUGUCUUUUUAGUCACUGCUUUCCUUUGUCUCCUUUGCUCAGCAGCUUUCCAUCUUUUCCAUGCAAUAAAUCCUUAAUACUACAAGAUAUUCUUAAGAAUGGACUAUGCUGGUGUUUCUCUUCUUAUCAGUGGUUCUACUUUCCCUAUUUUUUAUUAUGGAUUCUAUUGCAAUUUAGAAUUGGGUUAUUUCUACUUAGCUUGCAUAGGAAUAGCUUCAUUAGUUGUUUUCUUUGUCUCCUUGUAAGAUUUUAUUCAUACCUAGAAAUAUUUCACUAUGAAAUCAGUUAUGUAUGGUAGCUUGGGUAUCUUUGCAGCUGUUCCUAUUGCCCAUCUAAUUUACUAUGAAUUCUAUUACUUGACCCAAAACGGUAAUUUCUCAUUCAGUAAUAGUCUUGUUUACUAUGGAUUAAUGGGAGUCUGCUAUCUUGGUGGAUUAACUAUUUAUGCUACCCGUUGCCCUGAAAGAUAUAAGCCAGGCUAAUUUGAUAUUUGUGGAGCUUCUCACUAGCUAUGGCAUAUUUCAAUUUUAUUAGCUAUUGUCCUAACUUACGUAGGUUCUCUAAUAAACUUCUACACUAGAAAAAUGAAUUUAUGUCCAGCAAGCCAUUGA